UCUCUACCAAAACUUUAAUGAGUUCCGGGACAUUCUGACUGGCCACUCUGCUCUCCUAGGACAGGACAUUUGGGGAUGCUGGGGAAUAGGGAGGUAGUUGUGGAUGCCUGACAUUGAGGAGAGGGCUAAAUUGAGGUGGCCUACUCCUAACCUUGGUUCUCUAGUCUUGGAUCCAGACAGGCCCCCCACCCUCCACAUUCUGCCCCUUUUACAUUCAGCCCUUCCCCUAAAGCUUUAGUCUAAUCCCAGCUGUGGUUUGAUGCUCUUAUCUCUGCCAUCAGAGAGGUGUCCUGGUAAGCACAUGCUCCUCCUCCCCCACCCCUAUCUUUCCUUAAUGCCCUCCAACUAAGAAGACAGGGGAACAUUGCAAGGGAACCUGGCCCUCUCUGGCAGUCUCCACCAAGGCUCAGCCCUACACUGCCCUCUCCCCAUCUAGUUCCAGCCUUUUCCCCUUAGGUCCCUGACAAUAUCCUAACUGUCCUGACCUUAACCUUCCACUCCAGUCCUUCCCCUUCCCCACCUGGUUUUACCCACCCCCUACCUCACUGGGACCAGGCCAGUCUCCAGCAGUAGAGCUGGGGCAGCUGACCCAAGGGCAUUGGACCGGAGGCAAGGGAGAAGGAGUCAAGAUCCAGAGCAAGAUCAAAUCUAAUUUCAAGGCAGAAACAGGAACAGUUUCAUCUAUUAGCCAUGGGGGAGAUGGAGCAAUUGCGUCAGGAAGCUGAACAGCUCAAGAAACAGAUUGCGGAUGCCCGGAAAGCCUGUGCUGACACCACCCUGGCAGAGCUUACUUCUGGUCUAGAGGUUGUUGGGCGGAUUCAGAUGCGGACACGCCGGACUCUCCGUGGACACUUGGCCAAGAUCUAUGCCAUGCAUUGGUCUACUGACUCCAAGCUGCUAGUGAGUGCUUCACAGGAUGGGAAGCUGAUUGUGUGGGAUACCUAUACAACCAACAAGGUCCAUGCCAUCCCGCUUCGUUCCUCUUGGGUCAUGACCUGUGCCUAUGCUCCAUCGGGAAACUUCGUGGCAUGUGGGGGGCUGGACAAUAUGUGUUCCAUCUACAGCCUCAAAUCCCGCGAGGGCAAUGUCAAAGUCAGCCGGGAGCUCUCUGCCCACACAGGUUACCUCUCCUGCUGCCGAUUCUUAGAUGACAACAACAUUGUGACCAGCUCUGGAGAUACCACAUGUGCUCUGUGGGACAUUGAGACUGGGCAGCAGAAGAUGGUGUUUUUGGGCCACACAGGAGAUUGCAUGAGCCUGGCUGUUUCUCCCGAUUUCAAACUCUUUAUUUCUGGGGCCUGCGAUGCCAGUGCCAAGCUGUGGGAUGUCCGAGAGGGGACUUGCCGCCAAACUUUCACUGGGCACGAGUCCGACAUCAAUGCUAUCUGUUUCUUCCCCAAUGGUGAAGCAAUUUGUACUGGCUCAGAUGAUGCCACCUGUCGUCUCUUCGACCUUCGGGCUGACCAGGAGCUGAUCACGUACUCCCACGAAAGCAUCAUCUGUGGCAUUACAUCAGUUGCCUUCUCCCUAAGUGGCCGCCUGUUGCUGGCUGGCUAUGAUGACUUUAACUGCAACAUCUGGGACUCCAUGAAGGGUGAACGUGUUGGGACCCUCUCAGGCCAUGACAACAGAGUCAGUUGCCUGGGGAUUACAGCUGAUGGGAUGGCAGUGGCCACAGGCUCCUGGGACAGCUUCCUCAAGAUCUGGAACUGAAGAGGGUGGCACAAGAUGGGAGAUAAGGGACAGUUUGGAUCUCUGGUAGCCUGCAUCCUGUUGAAGACUUGAACUCACCUGCUACCAUUUCCUCAGUGCUUCCCCUUAGAGGGCAGGUAGGAUUUAGGAAACAUAGAGAAGAGCAUGGCAAGCAGCAAAGCCUGGGACAGGAUGGCCGUAUGGGUCCCCUUCCCUACAUAUUUGUGCAGUUUUCCCCCUACCUUCCUCAAUGACCAUUCUGACCCCUAUCUAGCCUCUUCCUCUUCCUUUCUAAACACCCUUCACGGUCUCUAAAAUAAGAUGGCUGGCUCUGACAGGAAGCGAGGACUUAGAAGGCCCUGGGUUCCUCACCAAUAGUUUCAGCAACCGCCAUAGAAGGCCAGACCUAGAAGGUAUAAUUAGGCAUUACUGGGGUGAACCAGAACCUUAUCCUCCUCUCUGUGCCCUGCUUCAGGACCCUCUUUAACCUUUGUUCCUUUUCCUUAUGUCCCUUCUUUUC